GGGGCGUUCUUCAGAACAACUUAGCGCUACACGAAAGACAUUGGUUGCUAAACUUUCAGUGCGCCAUUGUUAUCUCUUCUUCCCGUUUUCCACGGUUCCUACACGACAACAACAAGCUGUGCUACAAACGGUUGCUCCUGGUCCAGGUGAGAACAGGUGGUGUUACGUUGAACCUUCAGGAUGGAUCCAGGUGGGGUUCAAAAAGACAUGCUGCACCAUCUACAGUUCUGCAAAAGCGAGCUGCUGAACUCUCUGGAAGCAUAUCUGAACAACAAAGCCAGACUACAACCCAUCAUAGGCCUGGGCACCAUUAUAGAGUGUGUGAAUGUGACUUCACGGGUCAGAGAGACAUUGUACCUGUGUGAGGUGUGUGCAUGCAGACUCACCAAAGCUGAUAUGCGGAACCACAUAAUGGGGAGUCACCACCGAUUCAACUACAUUAAAGCCUGUCACCCCCACUCAGUGUCUGAGUGGCUGGGCAGCCCUGACCUGUCUAAGAUGGCUUGGCCUUUAAUGGAGUUGGCUAAAGUGUUGGAGAAGAAAGAAGGACCAGGAAAUGUUCAAUUGUUUGAAGUUCAAGAUGAGCUUUACCAGAUGAUGGUGACACAGAGUGAAAAUCAUGCAGUGACUCUGAUGAAGACCUUAAAACAAAAGCAGGCUGAGUUGGAGAUUUUUUCCGAAACAAAACCUUUGCAUUAUCCGGUCGCGUCUCAGAGGGUCGUUUUGCCUGCACGCAACCAGUGGGAACAUCCAGAGACAUCCGACAGGGGUGACAUGAAAUUAUUUCAAAUCUCACAACAAACUGAGCAGAAGACACCCUUACAAAACAUAUCAGCCCCACAGCUGGAGAGGGUCCAGAUGUCGGCUGAGGCCUCUGUGGUAUCGGAGAGCGGCGACCGGUUUCUGGAGGAUUUCCCUAGAGCCAAGCCUGUCAUUGGUCUCAUCCGUGUGGUUGAGUUUAGAAGUGAAGAUGGCUGCUCAUGUUGUUUCUUAUGCCACUGCUGUCGCAUAAGAUCCACCAAAAAUGACCUGAUUGAUCACCUCACCAGCUCCUCCCAUCUAGUUAACUACCUGAUGGAAAUUUAUCCUGACCAAAUACAAGCUUUGGGGGAAGUUAGUGAAGAUGACUUCCAGCUUCAGUCACUGGCUGCCAAAGUGGAGGAGGAGGAGGGCAGAAGAGAGAUGAAGAUAGUAAAUGUACCAGAGUCCAUCUGUAGUCAACUCACUGGCAAAAGUUACCACUGGUGUUUAAAGAUGCUUUCAAGAGGAGGGGAACAUUCCAACCUUCAACAAAAAAGAAAAGCUGUCAUAGGUCUGAACAAGAUUACACCUCGACAUUUGCCCAAAAAAGGCUUUGUAGCGAUGCCAGAACAAGCAAAAAGAGUGAAACCGAUGAAGAAGAAAAGGAAAAGGACUAAUACCAUGUUUAAUGUGAGCCUGCCUAUAGGUGAAGGUGAACUUCUGCUGGAGAGAAGAUCCUUUGACACGGAUCAUCUUUAUGAGUCAUCUGCAUCACCUUCAUCUAAAUCGGAUCUAGCUACAUCACCCUCUGAGGUUUUAGAAACCAGGUCUCCUAUAGAUAGCCCUGUAGACAUUAUUGAUAUACAGUUAGAGCUUCAAACAUCUCAACUAGAGCAACAGCUCUACCAAGAAGAUACAGACUCUAUGUCAGAAAAGCACAUCACAGUCACAGUAUUUCAGGGCGAAGAUGGUUAUGUUGGUGACAACCUGCCUGGACUAAAUAAGUUAAGGGGAUCUCAGGAAUGCUCAAGUAAAGACUGGACAUAUGAAGAUUUGCAGGCCCAGAAUGGGGGACAUUUUGCUGCUGGAGCCCACUCUGAGGAGUUUUCACCUUUUGACUCCUACUACAGAGAGGGGAGCUGUGGCACCAAUAUUUGGUACAGUUCAGCAUCAGCUGGAGCAGAAAGGGAAGCAUUGAGGCUAGAGAGAGAAAGCAAUGAGAUAAUCUCAAGUUAUGAAAAGCAGCGUCAAAACCAGCUGCCAUCAUGGAGCGAUGCAGGUUUUCACACAGGUAGGGUGUGGGAACAACAAGUCCCCUAUUUAAAGGAUGCCAGGAUAAACUUGGAAACUCACUCAGGAGAUAUUCCUGUGUACAGGGGCAGCUUUCUAUUGGAUCCUAGAGGACAAGUUCAUGAGACUGAACAGAGACAAGCCCAGACAUACACAAAAUUCACUACUGACUAUCACCAAACAGCUUCACAGCGUUACACGACUCCAUCUACAGCGUUAGAAUUCAAUCCAAUACAACAGAGGCUGAUGUUUCAUGCCUGUUACGAUGCUUCAUCCAGAGCCACCCAGGAGGCUUUACCCCGCACCACCCAGGGGGCUUUACUCCGCACCACCCAGGAGGCUUUACCCCGCACCACCCAGGGGGCUCUACUCCUCACCAACCAGGGUCCUUUACUCCGCACCACCCAGGGGGCUUUACUCCGCACCAACCCAAACUUUAUGUAUCCAGUCACAGAUGGAGCUGGUUGGGGAUGGACUCAGGCUGAUGCCUUCAUUCAGGCAGGACAAUCUACGUGCUACACUCCCAGUCCUGAAGUUUAUUUCAGCACUGGCAUUCCAAACUGAAUAAAAACAAACUUCACGACUCACAUGGUUAAGUGUUAAAAAUUAGACUAGCUCAAAAAUAUGCCCUACCAUUAAUACAAGUUGGAGUCUCCUAAUGUAAAAUGAAAUAAUUUGGCUGUUGUAUUUGUUUUUUAUUAUGUUGUUUUGUUUUUUUUUCAAAUAAUUCCUGAAUUGGAAAUGAAUGUUGAAGGAAUUAAGGGAUCACAUUAUGAAAGAUGCCAUUGGAUGCGACUAGAUGUAAACAAACACCAGAACAUGAGCAAAAUCUUACAUGAAGUGUAAGACCGAGUCCAAACCAACAUGAAAUUUUAUUCUUUCAAGCUCUACUUUUAUUUUGCCAAACUGAUGCGUUGUUGUUUUUUUUUGUUUGUUUUUUUAAAUGCUGCUGUUUAUAUUUGUUCAGACGUAUUAAAGUCCCGUAAGGCUAGGGAUUGUUCUUCUAGAUUAGUUCUUUGCAUUGUCUGAGCCACUGUUUUUUCUUUCUUUCUUUUUUUUUUUUUUUUACGGUUAAAGCACCACUGCAUUUAUUAUGUGUAGCUUUGCAAAUCUAACCCUGCAACAAUAUGCUGAGAUUUGUUGCAUUUUGUUUUUAGGGCUGUCAGAUUAAGUUUGUUCUGUUAAUGCUACUGUCAUUCACUUCAAUUUAAAGGGAAAUGAUAGACCAAUUCUCAUGGUCUGUGUUACAAUGCUGCAUCUCAAGAAGCCUCUGACUAACACACACUCUGGAGAAGAUCAUACUCUGGUUUGUCCAUUAUGUUUUUCAUAUUAUCAGGCAUCCGUUUUUGCACAGUCGUCUCUAGAUUUGGUUUUACCAAAGAAGAUGGUCGUGAUCCCAGUUUUUUCAUUUGAAUUUCCACCACUGUAUAUUUUGAAUGUGCAUCAGUGGAGUUAUUCUUAAUCAAACUUUACUUAUAGAUUAUUUUUCAUACUGUCAGAUGUAACAAAAGCGUCUUUUAUAGGUGCUGAAAUCCUAGAGUUUCAGAUCCAUAAAGCAAAAAUAACUAGUUUAAUUAAAAUUGAGAAGUGGCUUGUCUUUCCAGAAACAGGAAUUGAACAGAUCUACUAUGUCAGUUCUUGUUUUGGAUCUGUUGUGUUUCACUCAAAUUUAUGACUUUCCUAAACCUUUGUAAUGAAAGUACUAAUUGAACUAUUGGAAAAUGUGUUCACCUUAUGUAGUGUGGUAUGAAUUGAUGAAAUACUCUGGUAUGGAAUAUAAAAUGUUACGUUUCAGUUUUGAAUAAAUUGCGGUGCCUUCUGAACCUUACAUUGAAACAUUAGUGUUAAGGUUUUCUAAUAAUAAAACACAUUUGAAUAUUU